ACUUUCAUUCGAAAGCUGACAAAAUUGCUGUAAAUUAACCAGCAAUAGCUGUAUGAACAGACUGGAGUCAGACGUACCUAGUGGGAAAUGCAGCUAUAAAUACAGAGAAGUUUGCUUGUAAUGCAGACCUGGCAGUUCUGAAGCUGGGAACCCUUCCUCUGCCGCUAGCCUGUGCACUUGCCUGUAGGAUCCAUCGGGUAGGUGAGUGUCAGCCCUCAGUUGCUCUGAGCAUCUCCUGGACUAAGGGUCCAUUUCACUGACUGUAGAGAAGCUGGAAAUGUCCCAGUGAUCCUGUAAUUGCUGAGAAGUUUCUCCUGGGCUCAUGAGUUACAAUCAAGAUGAGGAUUUCCUUCCACUCCCACUGUGCCAUGAGCAACCCCUCUCUGUGCAGUUACCUCAUUUUCUUUUUUACGCUCCAUGUUCCUACACUGGAAUCAGUGAAUUUUGAGGUGAUUGGACCUGAUCAUCCCAUCACGGUCUCUGCAGGGGAAGAUGCCCUGUUACCCUGUCACCUCUCCCCCAGCAUGAAUGCUCAGGAGAUGGAGGUGCGCUGGUUCCAAUCCAAGUUCUCUGAACUUGUCUAUCUGUAUCAGCAUGGAAAAGAUCAGACUGAGCUGCAAACAUCAAAGUAUCGGGGCAGAACAGAGCUGCUGAAGGACGGUAUCAUGGAUGGAAGAGUUGCCCUGCAUAUACGCAACAUUACCCCCUCUGACCAAGGACAAUUUAUCUGUUUCUUCCGAUCACCCAGCUUUUAUGGGGAAGCCACUCUGGAACUGAAGGUGACAGAGAAGCUCCAGAAUGAACUUCAAUUGAGAAGAGCUCAAAUAUAUCAAGCCAGCGUGAUUCUGGAUCCAAUCACUGCUCAUCCUGAUCUCAUCCUGUCUGAGGAUCAGAAAUGUGUAACAAAAGGAGACACAGCACAGAAUGUGCCAGACAAUCCUGAGAGAUUUGAUUCUUCUGUGUGUGUCCUGGGUUCUGAAGGUUUCACAUCAGGGAUACAUUACUGGGAGGUGGAAGUAGGGAAUGGUGGUGACUGGUGGGUUGUAGGGGUUGCCAGAGAGUCUGUAAGGAGGAAGGGAUGGCUCAAUUUUAGGCCAGUGGAGAAGAUCUGGGUUGUGGAGUGUGAUUGGGGUAAAUACCAGGCUCUUGACUCCUCUGUGACUCAUCUGCCCCUGAAUGAGCGGCUUGGAAAAAUUGGGGUUUCUCUGAACUUUGAAGAGCGCCAUGUAGCAUUUUAUGAUACUGAUAACAUGGUGGCAAUAUACACUUUCAAAGAGGUCUCUUUCUCUGAUGAGAAAAUCUUUCCUUUCUUCUGUGUCUGGAGAACUCCAGGAAAAUAUAUCAAACUGUGUGACCGAGAAAAGAGGUAGCCCUACAUUUUCAAGUGUCCAUUAUUUUUUGUGCCCGCACUCAAAAUUAGUGGGCACUUAUGAAAAUUUAGAGAUUACUUCUCUGGGCCCAGAAUUUUGUACCUUUCAAAACUAGAAAGCAUGAAUGCUCAGGAGAAAAUGACAAUGGCACAGCAUUUACUCAAGCUAUUUUUCUAACAUCUAGUAUUCUGGAGGCCAAGUGUGAAAAAUGAAGGCGGACGGGGGUGGGGGCGGGGAGCGAGAGCUCCCUUUUAUGAACACACAGCCAGCCAGUUAGCUGUAAAAUUCCUCUUGGUAGCUGUUCUCUGCUUGCUUUACCUGUAAAGGGUUAAAAAGUCCCCUAGGUAAAGAAAAAGAAAAGGAGUGGGCACCUGACCAAAAGAGCCACUGGGAAGGCUAGAACUUUUUAAAAUUGGGAAAGAACUUUCUCUUUGUCAUUCUCUGGGCUGCAGGGACACGGAGCAGAAAUGCUAUAAGCAGGAGUGCUGUGUAAGGUUUGAACCAGGUAUGAAAAAUUAUCUUCCAUACCUAGAAGGAAUCAUUUGAUAGGGAAUGUUUAGAUAAACGCAAUCAGGUUUAUUUCUUUAUUUUGGCUUGUAGAUCUCCCCAGAUGCUUUUGUUUGCUUGUAAUCUUUAAGCUGAACCCUAUUUUGGUGCUUAAUUUUUGGAAUUCCUCUUAAAAUCUAGCAAAAGCCUAAGUUCCAGAUGUAUUUUGUUUCUUUUUUAAUAAAGUUUACUUUUAAGAACAGGAUUUGGAUUGUUGGGUCCUAAGAGCUUUGUGCCUAUGCUGUUUGAUUAGCUGGUGGCAAUGGCUAAUUUCCUUUGUUUUCUUCUCAGCUGUUCCCCGGAGGUGGGGUGAAAGGGCUUGAGGGUACCCCAUAGUGGGGAAUUCCCAAAUGCUCCUUCCUGGAUCCAAGGGAUUUUUUUUUUUUUUUUUUGCAUUUGGAUGGUGGCAGCGUUUACCAAGCCAAAGUCAGAGAAAAGCUGUAACCUUGUAACCAAGCUGUAACCUUGGGAGUUUAAUACAAGCCUGGAGUGGCAAGUAUUAACUUUUAGAAUCCUUGUGGGCGCCCACCUUCUGCACUCGAAGUGCCAGAGUGGGAAUUCAGCCUUGACACCAAGUCUACACAGGGUCUGAAUGAACUCUCCCCUGUCCCCUCUCCUAUUGAGGGGCUGGCAGAAAAGACGUCAGGAACAGACCAUGUUUGCAAAGACACCCUACUCUGCCUAGGUCCACACCAUGAUUGAGCUUCUUUGCCAAAAUGAUCAAUUAUGGCUGGUUUGGGGUUAUAAAUAACUUUAGUACUUGAAUACAGAGGUAAUGAAAUGUUGUUAUCCUGAUUGUAUGGGUAAAGGACAGCAGAACUGUUCAUAGCGUGCCCUGACUGAGGUUUCAUUUAGGGUGACCCCCCCCAAACUAAACAGGGGUAGGAAUGCUAAAUCCUAGUGAAAGGGAAAGAGGGUGGGGACAGGUGGUUAUAUCUGGUGGUAUGGGUGCUGCCUAAAGAGUCCUAGACACCAUUCGACUUUCACUACAGAGCUCCUUAGACUCAAUUAAAGACUGGAGAGGUAAUCCCAAAGUCAAGGGGAAAUAAGGUGAGAUAGUAAAAUGGGGUGUAGAUAGGUCUUGAAGAGAGGAAUCUGGGAAAGGGAGAAGGUGGGAAUGACUUUUUGUUUCUGGAUAAAUGUUGAUAACUACAAAGUAAUACACAUUGAAAAACAUAGUCCCAGCUAUGCAAAAUGAUGAAUCUAAAUUAGCUCCUUUUCCUUGUGAUGCCAUAUGAUUGGAACAUUACCAUUUAUAUCAUUAAUAUUGCCACUAUUAUACAAUUGCAACAAAUCUUGUACAAAGUAUGUCAUGUAUGGUAUCAAUGGAAAAGUUACAAUCUAUCAAAUAUCACUAUCCUGUUUGUAUGCACAUAUCAUUUUUGUAUCUGAAUAUUGACUAUAUACCUGUAUUUUAAAUGUGUUUGUUUCUUGGGAAACACCUACAAGGCAGUUUGCAUCAAGUCUAGCCAGCACUAAAAUCUUGGGAUCAGAAGAACCUUUUAUUUGAUUAAAUUGUUUCUAAAUAACCACUCA